UCAUAAAAUAUUUAUUCCUAAAAUUUUACGUAAGUUUACUUGUUUUUAUACGUACAUAUAAGAUAAUACUUCAUACACCAACCUCAAGUUUUUCUAAAGAGAAUUUUUUCCAUAGAGAAGGUUUAACCGAAAGACCUUGAUUUAAUUUACAAUAAAUAUUGAAACAAUGGCCUUUAAAGCGAUAGCGCAAUUUGCAGAGCAAUUGAAAUACACUUAACACGAUAUCACAGAGCUCUUUAACCGGGCUAUCGCAUAUGCUUCAUGUUCACCAAAAUGUAUGUGGCCCAAUCCACCCGAGUCAACAUUUAGACAGAUAUGUUUGAAGUGCCUGUAUUCUCGUCGUAAAAUCAAUCAAUACAGGGACAAGUUUCGAUACUUUAAAGUCAGAUUCGCUUCACGCGCUUAUACAAAGUAUUUUGAAAUUUAAUACCGAUUGGGCUGUGUGUUUUUUAUAUCGUUCGCGUUCUAACUCGAGAGUUUAAGUGCAAUUAACGAAUAAUUAUUGGAAUUGAUGGGAUUUCGUUCAGUUAAAGAGGACUGAAAUAGCGAUUGAAAUCUCAAUCGAUGUAAUCGGAAUAUUGCGCGGUGGAUAUGUAUUAAUGUUCGCUAAUGGAGGUUAUCGAAUAUCGGCAAUGAUUGAUAUCUGUCGUGGGAAGGAGUUCUGCAUGAGACAUUAAACCAUGGAGCUACGGAUAUCUUGUUUCUGAUCGGGAUGCUGACGGAUAUAAAUGACGUUAAAUCUCUUAUCACCUGAGGACUUCCUUGUUUGCAUUAGAGACCGUCGGCCUUAGCGUCAAAUUUGAAAGCAAACAAAGCGCCAAGUAGAACGUGCAUAAAAUACCUUCAACGCCAUAGUGCUUUAUCCUCAGUACAUUAAACAUUGCCCUGAUUGGAUAAUACGAUGAUAUCUACUCGUUCUUGACAAGAGAAUAUUUGAAAACACAGAGAUGGAUAACGAAAGCGUGACGUCAGAGGCGUCAGAGACGUCAGAGAGUAGUACCGGCUCGGAAAGUGACGUCGAAGAAACUGACGAUACCGCGUCGUGUCGCUCGCUGACGUUUAGCGUAAAAUCUGGACGCUCGACGGCGACGGUUAAAUCUAAGAAAACUAAGAAACGCGUGCGGUUUAAGCCGGGUGCGAGUUUGGUUCUCAUUUACGAGAUUCCAAACAGAGAAAUGUUGGGGCUGAAGAGUGAAUCGGAGGACUCGGACGGAAGCGGAGAAGAAAGCGAUGAUGAAGAUGACGAUGAUGACGACGGUGAUGAGGAGGAUGAUGAUGACGAGGAUGAGGAAAAUGACGAAGACGAUGAUGACAAUGAGGAUGAAGAUGAUGAAGAAAGUGACGACGAAGACGAGGGCGACGAUGAUGGAAAAGAAAAUAAACAGAAGCUUAAAAAGCCGAAACCUUUUGCAAGACUUAUUGCUGUUAAACAGUUGUAUAACAAGAAACUACAAGAGUCCAGGGCGAACUCAAAAAAGGUGAGUGAAACCCCAAGAGUGGCUAGUGCUGAGAAGAAAACUCGUAAAUCUGCAAAGCGAGAAACAAAAGAACGUAUAAAGUCUUCCAAAUCAGUGUCUCUGCCAAUCAUUAACGUAGACAAUAAAAACAAAACAAAUAAGAAAAAGAGUAGAGCUAGCAAUAAGAGGAAGGACAAUGAUAAAACAAAGAAACUUAAAAAGGGCCGAACGAGACUCAUAGAAAUACGGGCCACAGUUCAGGGAUGCAAUAAAUCGUCUUCUAUUACCUCUGUCCCCAAAACGUUGUCAAAACAAGACUUAAAACCGUCUGUCAUCGACGUUAAUCACCUGUCGGGAACUUCUAAACCCCUUACAAACCGCGCUAAACUACAACCCAUCUCUGUUCGUUUUUCUAAAUCUGAUCUCCGUCCCACAUCCGGUUCGGCGACGAGUGACUCGCCGACCCGGAGACAUUCGGUUGCACACGUGGUAUCGGCAAGCUAUGAGUCGCUCACAAGUGUAAUGCCUGACUCUUACAUUACUAUCAAGGCCGGGCAAAAUUGUUUAUUAGGACAAAACGGUUUUGUCGGACAGAACGGUCAAGUGGGACAAAACGGUCUGAUUGGUCAGAAUGGUCAUGCGUUACGGAAUGGUCUUUUGGGACAAAACGGUCUUAUUGAGGAAGAGUCAAUCAAGCGUCUAGAUCCAGACCUAAUGAGCUCGUCUUCAAAACGGAACUACGCAUGGCAGAUUGCAAAUGGCGCUAUUUCUAGUCAAUCACUUCGCACCCCAAGUAUUCUACCAUUCUGGGACAGUCUACAGAAUUCGGAAAAUAACACCAUUAAGUUACCAACAUGAUGUUACAUUAUAUAUAUAUAUAUGUAUCGUUCACAUUUCGUUACUAGUUAAUUGUAAUCAUACUUUGUUAUACAUUUAUUCCGUCCAAUAAGUGACUGUAACCUUAAAGUUCUAAAAAACAUGUUUUGUUUUAGAAUUAAAAUAAUGAUCAGAACAAAAUAUGUUAGACAUAAGGAAUACUUUUCCAUCAUAGCAAGUAGAUCUAUUUGUUUUGACCGGAUGAUUUUUCCAAGUAAAAUAAACAGGCUUUGUUCAUUUCAUUUUCAUUUGCAUUCCGAAUUCGAGGCAAAACUGAAUGGUCAUAAACCACACCUGUCUUUACGCAACGUUUCACCAAGUGACUUGUAACUAUGUGUGUUAAGUGUACGUUGAACAGUAGUAAUUAUAUUUCAAUUGCGCUUUAGCAAUUAAAAUGUUUGCUUUUAUAGGUAUAAUUAUCAAAAUUAGUAAUAUUUUAACUUGCGGAUUUAUUUCAUGAUUUUUAUCUCUAUUUCAACCGUGUAUAUUAUUAAAUAUAUUCAAUCAGCGAAAUAGACGCUGAUUAAAAUUUAUCAAUUGUA